UUUCUAUUGCAAUCCUCAUAAACGUUUGACUGAUUUUUCUGAAAGUUGAUAACAUCAUAAUAAUAAAUAUAAAGUAGAGUUUAUCUGCAGCUCCCGUGAUUCAAUAAGCAUGGCGGCGUCCUUGAGCAGCUCAGGUAGCGUGAGGCUCCUGGGGGCUUUAGCUCGGUCCGGCUCGUUAUUCAGUUCAUCUGGAAGCAGAGGCCUUCAUGUCACUGCAGUGUGCUGCAAGAAUCGAGCGGCUCGUAUCCGAGUGGGUAAAGGAGACAAACCUUUGACCUAUGAGCAGGCUCUUCAUCCUCAUCAGAUCGGCCACCGUAAAGGAUGGCUGUCACAGCACACCAGUAACCUCAAAGGAGAAGAAGGAGCAGCCGAUCGCACCGUGGAGGAUGUUUUCAUCAGGCGCUUCAUAUUCGGGACUUUCCACGGUUGCCUUGCCAACGAGGUGGUGAUCAAACGGCGCAGCAAUGUGCUCACAGUCUGCGCCUUAAUGAUACAGAGACUGUCGCCGCCCAAGUUUUACUUCUUGAUCGGCUACUCGGAGGCUCUGCUGUCGCACUUCUACAAAUGUCCCGUCAAGUUAGAGAUUCAGACGCUGCAGGAUAAAGCAGUGUAUAAAUAUCUGUGAGUGUAGAGACGGCGUAGAGUUAAUGUUAAUAUCAGAGUUAAAGGUUUAUUCUGAAGAUUAAAAACACGACGAGAUGGAUUUUACUCUUUAAUAAAGUGGCGACUUGGUUCCUGUUUUCAUUCCUGCUCGUUUAGUUUCACUAAAAAUUUGCUUUUUUUCUGUUCUGCAGAUGUUUUCAGACUCUUUUUUUUGUGUGAAAUGAACUAAAUGCAAUCAUGUGUUAAAAAAUUAAAACAUUUAUGUCUG